AUGGAGAUCGGAAGGAUUCUCUUGCCAUUUUUUCUCUUCUUCUUCUUCUUCUUGCGUUCAUUUCGCCUUCUGCAGAACUUCUCUGUGAUUCUGACGGUGGAUCUGGCUUGCACCCACUGCCACGAGAAGAUCAAGAAGGUCUUGACCAAAAAAUAUGAAGGUAGAGAGAGAGAGAGAGAGAGAGAGAGAGGAAUGGAGGCGGCGGCCGCCGUCGGUUGGGAAUGAUUCCGAUCGGGGUCUGAUGAUUUUCCUUCUUCUUCCUUCAUCAACGCAGUGAAAUGGAAGAUCCAGUCGAUAGUGUGGGACGAGAAGAACAACAAGGUUACCCUCACCGGGCCUUUCUGCCCCCCCAGGCUUGCGAAGAAGCUCCGCCGCAAGGCCAGAAAGAUCAUCAAGGAGAUCGACAUCCCCGCCCUCUGCAGCUGCAACUGUGACAAGCCUCCUGACCUCGAACCCACCCCGAACCCACCUCCUUGCCCCCCAGCACCUCCAGAAAAACCGCCGCCGCCACCUACUUGCCCCCCAGCACCUCCAGAAAAACCGCCGCCGCCACCUACUUGCCCCCCAGCACCUCCAGAAAAACCGCCGCCGCCACCUACUUGCCCCCCAGCACCUCCAGAAAAACCGCCGCCGCCACCUACUUGCCCCCCACCAGUUCCGGAAGAACCACCACCGCCACCGCCCCCUCCGGAGGCGCCGUUCUUCUGCAUCCCGGUGGCCUAUCCUCCGGUGUGGCCGGUCUGCUGCUGCUGCCCGUACUAUACCGGGCAAGACAAAAGCGGCUGCGGGUGCCACCGCGACGGCGGGCACCGGCCCUGCUUCUGCGGCUGCGGCAGGGGCUGCGGGUCAUCCGCCGCCGACUACGGCCGCCCCUGCAAUAGCGGCUGCAAAAUCGAAUUCAUCUGCGAUGAGGAACCUUCUGGCUGCCUGACCAUGUGA